CGACAAUCUCCCUCGAUAAGAUACAGUAAACAAUCCGGAAGUCAGUCAUGCCUGCAGGAUUUCUCGCCGUCGCAUCCGAGCCCGGGAAGGAGGUAACUCAGGACGAAUUCCAAGAUUGGUACAACAAUGAACACGUUCCCCUUCGCCUCAACCACCUCAAAUCCUUCCUCAACGGCGCCCGCUACACCGCCUACGACGCCCUCACCCCCACCUGGCUCGCCCUCUACGAUAUCGACGACACAUCGACCUUCCAGAAGGAUGAGUACACGCGCCUACGCGCCAACCGCAGCCCGCGCGAAGCCGACCUCGUCAAGCGCCUCGCCCUCCUCGACCGCCGCACCUACGAGGCGCUGGAGGACUCCGGUCCCUCACCGCUGACGUCGUCCAUGGACUACAGUGACCAUCCGAGCAGAGGCCUCAUCACGCACGGGAUAUCUGCGGAUGCGGAGGCCGUGAAGGCGUGGACGGCGGAGGUGGUGGCGUCCCUGCGCGCCGUGGACGGCUGGGUCCGCACGCGGACCUUCCAUUGCAUCGACCACCUGAAGACCGGGCUCACCGUCGCAGCGGGUCCAGAGGCGCAGGUCGUGCCGGAGUACCUGGCUGUGCAUGAAUUCGCACAGCCCACACAUACCCGGUCCGAAGGCGUUCGGUCUGCUGUCGAUCGCGCAGCAGCGGCUUCGGGAAUAUCCAUCGAGGAAGAACGCCUCUGGGAGCUAUACCGCGUAUAUCCGUGCAUCGCGCAGGGGAACCUGCCGACCGCAUCGUCGUAGGGCCGACCGCUUCGGCGUAGGUCUGACCUCGCCCAUCGAGGGCAGAUCAACAUCGUCGAAAGACAGAUCGUCACGGUCAUAGGUCAGAUUCUCGUCGCCGUGGGACUGGCCCUGAUCAUCGCAGGUCUGAUCGACAUCGCUGUAGGACAUACGACGAACCAGUGACCAUUGUACGCCAUUGUAUCGGGACGAACACAGCAAUCAAACGAAGUUCUUCGCUCA